GGACACUAUCAACAUGGCAGCUUUCUGAGUUUUGGAGGAGGGAGCCUGGUGUAAAUAAACAUAAAUUCCCAGUUGUACACAAAGCGACGGCAUUCACCCGUGUAUGUCCAAGACUUGUUGGACCAUAGGAGGAAAAUGUCAAGUGACGGAAACAAAAAACAAUUCUGGAAAAGAAACGCAGCGAAGGUUCCCGGCAGCAUUCAGCAUGUGUAUGGCGCACAACAUCCACCUUUCGACCCGCUUCUUCAUGCUAACUUAAUUAAAGCAGGAAACAAGCUUCCUCCAGCUACACCAAACAAGCCCAAGAAGGCUACCACCUUCCAGGAGUUCGAGAGCAUCACGAGUGACGCGUGGGAUGUUGGGGACGAUGAUGACGAGUUGCUGGCCAUGGCUGCACAGAACCUUAAUAUUGAGGUGGUCAUGGAGACAGCCAAUAAGGUGAUUGAGAACCACAGCAAGCAACAGGAGAGGCAAAGGCUGGAUGACACAUCAGAGCUGGAACAGAGAGAAGAGGACACUCAGGAAGAGGUGGCAGAAGAGGAGGAGGAGGAUGAUGAGGAAGAGGAGGAAGAAGGAUACGUAACAAGUCCAGAGGUGUCAUUUGCCUCCCAAAGCAGCCAUUACACUGAUAGCCGCCUGGUGAAGUCCCACAGCGAAGCUCCAAUAGGGUCACCUAAAGAUGCAGCAGGUGAGCAUGCAGCCCUCCACAGACAACGGUCUCUGCCCCACCGGCCGCCAGUAAUCCCACUUGUUGCUCGCAUGGCAGACCAGAACACAUCUGGCACGCCGGCCAUGACUGAGAGGGAAGCAUCCCGUCUGGAUAAGUUCAAACAGUUGUUGGCUGGGCCCAACACAGAUCUAGAGGAGCUACGGAAACUCAGCUGGUCGGGAAUCCCAAGACAGGUCCGACCGAUUACGUGGAAGCUGCUUUCAGGUUACCUACCAGCUAACGCAGAAAGAAGAGAAAGUGUCCUACAGAGGAAGAGACAAGAAUAUUUUGGCUUCAUCCAGCAAUACUAUGACUCGCGCAAUGACGAGCACCAUCAGGACACAUACAGACAGAUCCACAUAGACAUUCCUAGGAUGAGUCCUGAGUGUUUGGUGCUGCAGCCAAAGGUGACAGAGAUUCACAUUGACAUACCGAGAACUAAUCCCCUUAUUCCUCUCUUUCAACAAGCUUCUGUCCAAGAGAUUUUUGAGCGCAUCCUGUUUAUCUGGGCCAUCCGCCACCCAGCCAGUGGCUACGUGCAAGGCAUCAAUGAUCUGGUCACGCCAUUCUUUGUCGUCUACGUCUUUGAGUACAUCGAGGAGGAAGUGGAAAACUUUGAUGUGUCCAGUCUCCAGGAAGAGGCUCUGAGGAACAUUGAAGCUGACAGCUUCUGGUGCAUGAGCAAACUGCUGGAUGGUAUCCAGGACAACUACACAUUUGCCCAGCCAGGCAUUCAGAGGAAAGUCAAAGCCUUAGAGGAGCUGGUCAGCAGGAUUGAUGAGACUGUGCAUCGUCACAUGCAGCAGUACGAGGUCGAGUACCUACAAUUCGCCUUCCGCUGGAUGAACAACCUCCUGAUGAGGGAGCUGCCGCUACGCUGCACAAUCAGACUGUGGGACACCUACCAGGCUGAACCAGAGGGCUUCUCCCAUUUCCACCUCUACGUGUGUGCGGCCUUUCUUGUGAGGUGGAGGAAAGAAAUUCUAGAGGAGAAGGAUUUUCAGGGUCUGAUGAUCCUCCUGCAGAACCUUCCAACAAUGCACUGGGGAAACGAGGAAGUGAGCGUGCUGCUGGCUGAAGCCUACAGGUUGAAGUUCGCCUUCGCCGAUGCGCCCAACCACUACAAGAGAUGAUCAGCGGAAUCUCUUUGUGCAGCUGCUGCUCCCCACCUCCACCUCUCCCGCCCUGCAGUCGCCUACUGAACUUGGAAGG